AUGGUGGGCAAAGGUGUGCGAGUGGACGAGGCGCAGGCGAGUGUGGACGAGGCGCAGGCGAGUGUGGACGAGGCGCAGGCGAGUGUGGACGAGGCGCAGACGAGUGUGGACGGGGCGCAGAAAAGUGUGGACGAGGCGCAGACGAGUGUGGACGCGGCGCAGACGAGUGUGGACGAGGCGCAGACGAGUGUGGACGGGGCGCAGACAAGUGUGGAUGGGGUGCAGACGUGUUUGUACGAGGCGCAGACGAGUUUGUACGGGGCGCAGACGAGUGAGGACGAGGCGCAGACGAGUGUGGACGGGGCGCAGACAAGUGUUGACGAGGUGCAGACAUGUUUGGACGGGGCGCAGACGAGUGUGGACGGGGCGCAGAAAAGUGUGAACUGGACAAGUGUGGACGGGGCGCAGACAAGUGUGGACGGGGUGCAGACGUGUUUGGACGAGGCGCACACGAGUGUGGACGGGGUGCAGACAAGUGUGGACGGGGUGCAGACGUUUUUGGACGAGGCGCAGACGAGUGUGGACGGGGCGCAGACGAGUGUGGAUGAGGCGCAGACGAGUGUGGACGGGGCGCAGGCGAGUGUGGACGAGGCGCAGACGAGUGUGGACGGGGUGCAGACAUGUUUGGACGGGGCGCAGACGAGUGUGGACGGGGCGCAGGCGAGUGUGGACGAGGCGCAGACGAGUGUGAACGGGGUGCAGCCGUGUUUGGACGAGGCGCAGACGAGUGUGGACGGGGUGCAGACAAGUGUGGACGGGGCGCAGACGAGUGUGGAUGAGGCGCAGACGAGUGUGGAUGGGGCGCAGACAAGUGUGUACGGGGUGCAGACGUGUUUGGACGGGGCGCAGACGAGUGUGGACGGGGCGCAGGCGAGUGUGGACGAGGCGCAGACGAGUGUGGACGGGGUGCAGACGUGUUUGGACGGGGUGCAGACGAGUGUGGACGGGGCGCAGGCGAGUGUGGACGAGGCGCAGACGAGUGUGGACGGGGCGCUAACGAGUGUGGAUGAGGCGCAGACGAGUGUGGACGGGGCGCAGACAAGUGUGUACGGGGUGCAGACGUGUUUGGACGGGGCGCAGACGAGUGUGGACGGGGCGCAGACGAGUGUGGACGGGGCGCAGACGUGUUUGGACGGGGCGCAGACGAGUGUGGACGGGGCGCAGGCGAGUGUGGACGAGGCGCAGACGAGUGUGGACGGGGUGCAGACGUGUUUGGACGAGGUGCAGACGAGUGUGGACGAGGCACAGACGAGUGUGGAUGGGGCACGGACGAUAAUGUAG